AUGGCUGCACCAGCGGUUGACGCGGAGGAGAAUAAGCGCAAGAUGCAGGCCGGCGAGCUCUACUAUGCAUUUACCCCCAAGCUCUUAGAGGAGAGGAACCGGUGCAAGAUGGCACAGGUUUUGUACAACAAGUCGGACGGUGUAGGUCGUCGAGAGCAGAUUGAACUCUAUCAGGACCUCACGAGCGACGAAACGCCUCUGCCCAAGAAGCACCACACAUCUUCCCAAGAAGAAGAUGAGGCCCAGCUCGAAGACUUCCCAGUUCUGAUCCCACCUGUCAUCAUGGACUACGGAUAUAACGUCAAGUAUGUGUAA